AUGUGUGAGUUGGAUGUGUCCUCAGAACCCGCCAGUCCGACUCUGAUCGGAGAGUCCUCAGACCAGUACUACACUGUGGACCGCUGGCAGAAGCUACGCACUGCAGUCCGCAAACUGGAAUUCUGGGAAAACUUCUCCGCAGAGCUCAUCGGCACCGGCUUCUUCUCCAAAGUCUACAAGGUGGUUCACAGCAGCAGCCGGAAAGUGAUGGUGGUGAAGAUCUACAAGAACGAUGUGGACCAGGACAGCAUCGUGCGAGAGAUCAGCCUCUUGCAGAAGCUCUCCCACCCAAAUAUUGUCAGGUACCUGGGAAUCUGUGUCAAAGAGGACAAACUGUAUCCAAUCCUUGAGUAUGUGAACGGGGGCUGUCUGGAGGAGCUCCUGGCCCGGAAGGACACCCCACUCUGCUGGAGGGAGAAGGUGGACCUGGCCUGUGACAUCAGCCGAGGAAUGAUCUACCUCCACUACAAGAACAUCUACCACCGCGACCUCAACUCCAAGAACUGCUUGAUCCGGGUGACCUCCCGCGGUCGCGAGGCCCUGGUCACAGACUUUGGUUUGGCUCGGGAGGUGGUGGAGCUGCCGGUGAAGGACCCCGGGAGGAAGCUGUCUCUGGUGGGCUCAGCGUUCUGGAUGGCGCCUGAGAUGCUGCGCGGAGAACCCUACGACCGGAAGGUGGACGUGUUCUCCUUCGGGAUCGUUCUGUGUGAAAUCUUGGCUCGGAUCCCUGCAGACCCCGAGAUCUUACCCCGAACACAGGACUAUGGUCUGGACGUGAGUGCCUUCAACGACCUGGUGAGUGGCUGUCCACAGAAAGUGCUGGAGCUGGCCAACAGAUGCUGCCUGCUGGAGUCCUUCAGGCGGCCGGCCUUCACAGAACUCCUGGACGAGCUGGGAGAAGUGGCCGAGAGCCUGGAGCUGCCGGAGAAGCCAGACUUGGACACCAGCUGA